AGCGCCAUGCUCGAGUGCGAUUUUUUAAAUCUGUUGAUUUUUCCGUUCUAAUUCUUAGGCAUCUAAGGACAGCCAAGUAAGUCAAUGUAAAUUGAAAGAUGGUUUAGUUACUGAAGCGUGCAUUUCGUCAAUAUUAUGUUGAGACAAACAUUUUUGGUUAGAUAUCUGCGUUAAUCUCUUUCAUAAUUUGCCUUCUAAACACCUGUAUUGGUUUUUCUCGCUUUGGUUAUAAUGGAGCCUACAAAGGAUUGACUGUGAAGCUUUUGUUCACUGAUUCAGAAUACAGCUAACCGAAGAUGUUCCUUUAGUAAGAUCGGUUUGCUGCGUUAUAAUGAGAUAUGGUCUGCAAUCAAACACCAGCUAAACCUUUAUUUUCAGGUUCUGUUCUCAGCAGAAAGUUUGUUUUGUUUUUGAUGUACAUUGCGGAAAAGUUCAAACUGUGCAGAAUCCUGUUCAGUAGAUCUCUAUCCUUUAGUUUUACUCUAUCGAUUUGUUUUAUUCUUUUGUUGCGAACGGGUAUCCACAAAUAUCAGAAUGGACUGGUGGUAAAUGGAACUGCGUAUGAGCUGCGGGGUGAGAUAUCGGUUCCGAUGAAACCUAACUAUUCGUGUCCUUACUUCACACUAAUACCUCCGGCAACCAAUCCGAAGUCUUAUCAGAGGAAGUGCAAUACAUGUGCAAUUGUUUCAAGUUCUGGCCGCCUUCUCAAAUCUAAAAGUGGCGAUGUUAUCGAUGCAGCAGAAUGUGUGUUUCGUAUCAACAAUGCGAGCACCGAAGUGAAAUAUCAAGAGGAUGUGGGCCGCAAAUCAUCAAUCAGAAUCCUCAGCUCCAGAGGUCUAGACGAGUACUUCGAACGACUAUCCAAUGAAGAAAUUGUGAAGCCAGAAGAUAUUUUAAUCUGGGACGCCAACAUACGUCUGCCAAGAUUAGAUCGCGUAACUCUGAAAGCUAUCAAGCUAGCAGAUAUCUAUCCUAGCCUAAAAGUGUAUAUCUUGCAAAAUCAUGUCAGAGGUUUGCCCAGUUUCGAUACUUUCAUCGAUAGAGAAGUGGGGUUAUCGUCUACAUUAACUGGCAGCUCUUGCUCUAGCGGUUUCUACGCAAUGACAGUAGCGGCAUAUAUUUGUGACAGUAUCGCAGUUUACGGCAUGUCAUCGCCAGAAGAUUGCUUCGAGAGUAAUCUGAAAAAGAGGCCUCAGGCUCCAUAUCAUUAUCAGCCGCCGUACGAUACGAUAGGAGAAUGCGACAUGUAUAAGUCUCGAUGGAAAAGGUCCAUACAUGGCCAUAGGUUCAUGACUGAACACAUGAUUUUCAAACGGUGGAGCAAACACCGACAAAUUACAUUCAGGGUUCCGUCUUGGUGACCAAAUCAGCAAUCUAAACGUUCUACAUACUGCCGACUGGAGAAACCUAUUUUUGUACUUUCCGAAUAAUUUUCCAAAUUUAACUGCUGGGCGUUCAACGAAGUUAUAUCUAUCUUUUUAAUUUUAAAUUGUACAGAUACUAUCAAAAUCAAUUACAAUCAUCGAACAUUUUCAUCAAUAGAUAUUUAGUCUGAAAAGAACAAUUUGACAUACGAAUGAAUUCUUAAAAUUUAUUGGUGCAACACAAUUAUUUGUGCAAUAUAUGUAGAUUAAGUUUAGAUAGUGUAUUGAACUCAGACGUUCUCAUUUUUUAAAAGUAUCAUUGAUUUUCAUCAUGAAUUUCAUGACGCUCGGUUUUGAGCUGUUUGGAAAAAUUCGCAAAAUAUAAAAAGCCGAUUUGAACGUCGAAGAAAUGAAAUUUGGCUUCAGUUCUUCAAGUGUACUGAGUUCUUAUUUGUCAAAGAUUCAUAUCACAAAUCGUUUAUACUCAUCUUGUCUUACAAAAUUGUCAUCCCAUGCUUUGCUGUUGAUGUU